AGCAACCCAAGCACGCCAAGUCUCUCUCUAAUUAAUUAACUUCUUUAAUGGCUGGCUUCAUUGUUGCGUAUCUGAACUCUGAAGUGCUGGAGUCGUGGUGAGGAGGCGACUCUUCUGUUCUUGCCUGUCACUCUUCUGAAGCGAAACUCUAACCUCUGCAGUCUAAACUCUUUGUGCUGAAGCUUUGUUUCUUCUGUCGCCAUUGCUGCUUCAUCUUCUUUCACUUAUUACUGCGUUUUUGGUUUACUGUAGAUUAAUUUCUUUUAGCUCUUGAAAAUGUUGGUUUUAUUUGAUUGUUGGCUGUGGUGGAAGAGCUGGAGAAAGACCCAUCAAAACCAGAUCUCUGCGAUUUCUCCGUAGUCUAUAGGGUUCAGAAGAGUCUACUGCACUUAGACAUACCUCCAUGGCUUCUCCCACCUCUUCGCCAAAAUUCCGCCAUUGCCGCAACAAGAGCAAUGGAUUUGGCACUAGUGGCUUGAAUGUGGAGUCUGUUGGGGAGUGGUUGGCUUACAUUGUUCUUUCCACGGUUUUUCGAAGACGAGGCCUUCUGCUCUUCGCUCCACUUGUGUACAUUUCGGGGAUGGUAGUGUAUAUGGGUUCUUUGAGCUUUGAAGGUUCACCUUCAGGGGUGGUUGUUGAUCAGUCUCGUCCUCCCGGUUCUACUUAUCGUAGUCCUCUGGUUUUUGAGAAGCUUUGGCCGUUUAUGCAGCUUGAUGGCAACCGUAGCUCCAAUGCAUUAAAGAAGACAUGGCAUCAGAAAUUACGUCAAAGUUGGAAACCGUGUGUAAACCGGAGUUUUUCUCAAGCAGGUUUCUCAGAAUUCACGGGAUCAAAUGGCUUCCUUAUUAUUGAAGCAAAUGGUGGCUUGAAUCAACAACGUCUAUCAAUCUGUGAUGCAGUGGCUGUGGCAAGGUUACUAAACGCUACACUUGUUACCCCAAUGUUUCAUUUUAAUAGUGUUUGGCAGGAUUCCAGCAAGUUUGGGGACAUAUUUGAUGAGGAGUUCUUUAUAUCUGCACUGAGAAAUCAUGUGAAAGUGAUCAAGGAGGUCCCAAAAGAUAUACUUCAGCGGUUUGACAACAAUAUAAGCAAUAUUGUCAAUUUGAGAGUUAAAGCAUGGUCUAGUCCAACAUACUAUCUGCAAAAGGUCCUUCCAAAGCUGUUGCAGAUGGGGGCAGUACGUAUUGCACCCUUCUCUAAUAGAUUGGCUUAUGCAGUUCCAUCUAUUAUCCAGGGGAUUAGAUGUUUGGCUAAUUAUGAAGCAUUAAGGUUUUCAGAACCAAUAAGGACUUUGGCAGAAAGUAUGGUUAACCGGAUGGUUAGCAAUAGCUCCAUUAGUGGUGGAAAGUACAUUUCUGUGCAUCUCCGGUUUGAAAAGGAUAUGGUUGCAUUUUCAUGCUGUACUUAUGACGGUGGUGCAGAAGAGAAACAUGAAAUGCAUAUUGCCAGAGAAAAAGGUUGGAGAGGAAAAUUUAAUAAAACUGGUCGAAUAAUAAAGCCGGGUGCAAUUCGGAUGGAUGGGAAAUGCCCAUUAACUCCACUAGAGGUGGGAAUGAUGCUUAGGGGCAUGGGUUUUGAUAAUAACACCCCAAUGUAUGUAGCUGCUGGAAAAAUCUAUAAGGCAGAAGACUAUAUGGCCCCGCUUCGGCAGAUGUUUCCACAUUUAGAAACUAAGGAUACUCUAGCCUCACUUGAUGAACUCACCCCAUUUCAGGGCCAUUCAUCAAGGCUAGCGGCUCUUGAUUACAUGGUGUGCCUUCAUAGUGAAGUAUUUGUCACAACUCAGGGUGGAAACUUUCCGCACUUCCUGAUGGGUCACAGGCGCUACCUCUAUGGUGGACAUGCAAAGACAAUAAAACCUGAUAAGAGGAAGUUAGCUCUACUGUUUGACAGCCCAAAUAUUAGAUGGGAAAACUUCAAGAGCCAGAUGCAAGAAAUGCUUCGUCAUUGUGAUUUGAAGGGCAGCGAGUGGAGAAAACCCAAUAGCUCACUCUACACCUUCCCAAUGCCAGAUUGCAUGUGUUGAAUAGAAUCAGAUACUGUGGACAAUAACAUUACGAUUCUUUGACGAGGAAGAUAUACAUCAUAAUAGUGCCUAGAUUUGUUUACUGUUAUAGGUUUGUUUCAUCCAUCAGCCCCAUUUGGUUGUCAAAUAAUUUUUUUCUUCUUUUUCCUCCUUUUCUGUCUCUGCAAUUGAAAGAGGAAGCAUUGUCAGGGUUUUGGUUCUUUUGGCCUUGAAUAUUGUAAUUUGAUAAUUCAUUGUUUAUGAUACUGCAACAGAAUGAAAUCAUUUUUUUGUGAAGUCUGCUCCAGAAAACAGUGAAGGGAAUAAAACAUGUCCGUUUCAUUAAA